AUGUCCAACCCAUUGGCCCCCGUCAAAGACAUUGACCACCUGGUCCUCACCUGCGCCGACAUGGACGCCACCACGGCCUGGUACGCCAGAUACCUGGGCAUGACGCCCGCCCACUUCAUCUCGGCGGGCGAGCAGCGGACGGCGCUCAAGUUCGGCACCCACAAGAUCAACCUGCACCAGCGCGGCCGCGAGUUCGAGCCCAAGGCCCGCACCGCGCUGCCCGGCACGGCCGACGUAUGCUUCCUGCUCGACGACGGCGUGGCUCUCGAGGCCGUGGCCCAAGGGUUUGCGCGCGAGGGCGUCGAGGUGCUCGAGGGGGGGCGCGUGGUGCCGCGGACGGGGGCCCGGGGUAGGCUCCGGAGUGUGUAUGUGAGGGAUCCGGAUGGGAAUCUUGUCGAGUGA